CAGCUAUUUGUAGCACCCCUCCGGAAUAGCUACUGCCCUGAGAACGACCCAUGUCUUUACAACAGUGGCAUCCAAUAAGCUUCUACUCUUCCCAAGAAACAGCUCAUCUGGUCUACUGGAGUUUCCAUGUCUCCGACAUUCAAAUCGCAAUGUUUAGAUCGGUCAAUGACAACCGCGAUCGAGCCGCAUCGAGCUGGCCCCGAUCAUCGACUGCUCAACAAGAAGAAAAACAGCCGCUUCCCUUCUGGGCAAUUUUCCGUUGAUGCCAUGAUGAUAACGCAACACUUACCCUGUCCAUCUUAUUGGCUUGAAGUUUCUUCCAUCCAAUGUCAACUGGACGCACUCGAACUUGUCGUUUCACCCCUGCUGUUGCGUGACGUCAGAUCUACGAUAACAACCCCAGGCAAGACCUUAGUCCUAGAUAGACCUAGCUCGGGAGCUACCGACGAUCUCUACCAGAAACGGAGCCUAUAUAGAUAUAUACGUAUCACUACGUUUACAUCCUUCAAAAUGUCCAACCCCUACGAAAGAGCCGCCGAAGACCAGUAUGAGGCCGCCAACGACGCUUCCCCAGUCUCCGGCACCUUCUCCGACAACACCUAUGCCCACGAGACUCGCUCUGAGCUAAAAGGCCAUAUCCAAGUCCAGAGGGAUGAAGCCGGUAUUGAGGACCCCAUGCAGCCUCCUUUUUCCAACUCGGAUCGCCAGCUUGCCCAGGAUGAAGACGAGGCCAUCGAUCAAUCCAAUGUCCUCGGCGGCAAUCGUUUGCGUCAUGCAAAGCCACAGACUGGGGACAAGUAUCAGGAGGGCGAGGAUGAGGACGAGUUCCAGGAUUAAAUGAUGCCCUAUGUGUUAUGCUGCUAUGAGCUGUAUGAGACAUGUCUCUACUGUACAUUACUAUUGUUAAUUUGAUUAUAUAUAUCAUAUAUAUCAUCCA